AUGGUAAUCGGUGUUAAACAUUUUUACAGUUUCUUCCCGUCUUCAGCUCGCAUGCAGCUGCGUGAAAAUUUACCUCUGCUGGUGGAUAGCGUCUUCGGCUGGGUUGUAGCUGGGUCGGCUGGCUUAGCAUCGUCGACAUCCCAGCAACCUUCGUGCAGCGUAGUGGCCGUGUCGAUGAUAACGCUAGAGGAAAGUGUCGAGCGCUUUUGGAAGACAGAGGAUCUGGCCACCACUGACAACUAUUCAGUCGAGGAGCGGCGAUGCGAAUCUUUCUUUACGUCGACGGUCGCGAGAACUCAUGAAGGACGAUACAUGGUUCGUCUACCUCGCAAGCCAGAUUUCGCCAUCAUGCUAGGAGAGUCUGAGGCAACCGCUCGACGUCGUUUCGAGCUUUUGGAGCGCCAUUUGCAACGAGACCCUGAUCUGAAGGCAGAGUACCACAACAGUGACGACACGGAUUGCUACUACCUUCCCCACCAUCCCGUUUUCAAGGAUUCAAGCACGACGACUAAGGUUCGGGUCGUGUUUGACGGAUCGGCGAGAACCUCUACUGGCUUCUCUUUGAACGAAUCCCUCUGCGUUGGCCCUGUGGUUCAGGAUGAGUUGAUUGACACAAUUCUAUGGUUUCGAACCUACCCGAUAGCCCUAGUCGGUGACAUCGCUAAAAUGUAUCGGCAAGUAUUGGUACAUCCCGAUGAUACUUCUUUGCAGCGCAUUCUGUGGCGUUUCUCAGCUGAUGAUCCCAUUCAGAUCUACGAGCUUCUGACGGUCACCUACGGGCUCACUCCUUCCUCGUUCCUCGCCACACGUACGCUUCAGCAGUUAGCGGAUGACGAAGGAGAGCCACGGUCGAAGAAGCCAGCAAGCAAGUCGAACCGGCUCGAAGUGCUGAAAGGAUUGCGAGAGGAUCAAAUAGGCACCCAGUCUACGAUAGAAUUCGCUCCCCACGAAACCAUCAAAGCGUUAGGCAUCAAUUGGGAGCCGAACGAGGAUUUUCUGCGUUUUGAUUCCCAGGUACCGCCCAGCGAUCACGUUUUAACGAAACGGUCCAUUUUGUCUACGAUUGCUAAGCUUUUCGAUCCGUUGGGUCUUAUUGCUCCCGUUGUAGUGAGGGCAAAAAUUGUUAUGCAGGAACUAUGGCUGCUGUCAUGCGGUUGGGAUGAUCCGGUUCCCGAUAAUCUACAGAAAAGAUGGGAAAAAUACCAACAGGAGCUGCCCAAAAUCUCUGCCUAUCGCAUUGCCCGUUAUGCCCUUCUACCUAAUUCUACAGUGCAACUACCCACCUUCGCUGAUGCCUCCGAAUCUGCUUACGGUGCGUGCACAUACGCCCGCUGCGAAGAUCCACAGGGGAUCGUACGGAUACAGCUUCUUGCCUCUAAGUCCCGAGUCGCUCCGCUGAAGCGGUUAACUAUCGCCCGUCUUGAGCUGUGCGCUGCGGUUCUGGCUGCGCAUCUGCAUCACAGGAUAAAGCGUGCGAUUGAUAUCGAGGUUCAGCAUUUCACGCAUGGCUAUCGCUGGAACCAUAUAGCAGGCACCGAAAACCCGGCCGAUCUGGUCUCGCGCGGAAUGUCCGUAGAAGAGUUCCUGAACAGUGCGCUGUGGAGUCAGGGUCCCAGCUGGCUAACAUUACCGUGUAAAAGCUGGCCUAUUUCGAACCCAGAUAAUGUUUCCGAGGAUAUUCUCGAAAUCCGACAGGUCGUCGCAGCAGUAAAUUCGACCUCAACGGUCAACCCGCUCUUUCUUCGAUGCUCGUCGUAUACUCGCUUGCUGCAUGUUGUUGGAUAUUGCCUUCGCUUCAUUUUGAAUAACCGUGCCAAGACUAGAACACAGCCUCUCCCAAGCCCGAAUCCAGUGCAGCGCUACCUUUCAGUGGAACAGCUUGCCCAAACCAAAAACGUGUUGAUUCAGCUAGCCCAAAGCGACGGCUUCCCCGCUGAGCUGAAGGACUUAAGAGAAGGAAAGUCAGUAGAUAAGCGCUCCAAAAUACGCCGGCUUAAUCCAUUUCUAGACCCAGAGGGAGUAUUGAGGGUUGGAGGGCGACUCAACUUAUCUCAACUGCCCUAUCAAGCGAAAUAUCCUGCCUUACUUCCCAGCUUUCAUCCUUUCUCCCUGCUAAUCGCCCAACAUUAUCAUCACCAAAUGUUUCACGCCGGAGGACGGCUUCUACUAAGUGCCAUUCGCGAAGAAUUUUGGCCGCUGCAAGGCCGGAAGCUCGCUCACAACACAGUUCGUCGAUGCUUCCGCUGCACUCGCCUCGAUCCGGUACCUGCGCAACAACAAAUCGGCCAAUUACCUGCGCACAGAUUAAUCCCGAGCCGUCCAUUUAGUGUUACGGGUGUCGAUUAUGCUGGACCGUUCUACUUGAAGCCGAUACACAAACGGGCUGCACCUGCGAAAGCGUAUCUGUGCCUCUUCAUUUGCUUCGCAACAAAAGCGGUUCACUUAGAGCUAGUCAGUGAUUUAUCAACGCCAGGUUUCCUGCUAGCAUUAAGGCGAUUUAUUGCUCGACGCGGUCGCCCUGCCCACAUUCACUCAGGCAACGGCAAAAAUUUUGAAGGAGCCAAGAACGACUUGAACGAGCUUUUUGCCAUGCUGCGAAAAAGUGAGGAGAAUGAAAAAAUUGCUUCAACGUGCGCUGCAGAAGGAAUCACAUGGCAUCUAACACCACCAAAAGCACCGCACUUCGGCGGUCUCUGGGAGGCGGCCGUGAAAGUGGCCAAGAAGCAUUUGCACCGUCAACUCGGUUCAUCUCGUGUGUCGUUCGAAAAUUUGUCCACUAUUCUGGCCCAAAUUAAAGCGCUGAUGAAUUCUCGACCCCUGCUUCCAAUGUCCGACGACCCGAACGAUUUGGCUGCGCUCACGCCCGCUCAUUUCCUGAUCGGUUCCAGUAUGCUGGCCCUGCCCGACCCAGAUCAUCAACAUAUUCCCGUAAAUCGGCUGGACCACUUUCAAAAAUUGCAGUUGCACGUCCAGAAAUUUUGGAGUCACUGGCGCACCGAAUAUCUGCAAGAACUGCAGAAGGACACCACGAUGAAUCCCCGGAAUCACACGUUGCUGCCUGGCAGAUUAGUUGUAGUCGUCGAUGAGCUACAGCCACCCAUUCGUUGGCCAUUGGCACGCAUCGUCACCACUUCCCCCGGCCCAGACGGUUUGACGAGUGUGGUUUCGCUUCGCACCGCUCGUGGAAUCAUCACACGCCCCAUCACAAAAAUCUGUUUGCUUCCGGAUCACACUGCUGCUGUUGCCUAA